CACCGCGGCUCCGCCAAUCCGCUGGCGGGCUCACUCCGUCACGUGGCGCGAAGCUUCCUUUCUCUGUGCGCCUCUCUUUCCUUCCUUGGCCGCCAUCUUGUUCUCACCGCGUGUUGGGCAGCGGAGCGUCCGCCGGCCUCAGGCACUCCACUAUGAAUCAAGAAAAACUAGCCAAGCUUCAAGCACAGGUCCGAAUAGGAGGCAAGGGAACAGCUCGCAGAAAGAAGAAGGUGGUGCACAGAACAGCUACAGCUGAUGACAAAAAACUUCAGAGUUCCCUCAAAAAACUGGCAGUAAAUAACAUUGCUGGCAUUGAAGAGGUGAACAUGAUUAAAGAUGAUGGAACAGUUAUUCACUUCAACAACCCCAAGGUUCAAGCUUCCCUCUCUGCUAACACUUUUGCAAUUACUGGUCACGCAGAGGCCAAACCGAUCACAGAAAUGCUCCCAGGCAUCUUAAGCCAGCUUGGUGCUGACAGCUUAACAAGUCUCAGGAAGUUAGCUGAACAAUUCCCAAGACAAGUGUUGGACAGUAAAGCACCAAAAUCUGAAGAUAUUGAUGAAGAAGAUGAUGAUGUCCCAGAUCUCGUAGAAAACUUUGAUGAAGCAUCAAAGAAUGAAGCUAACUAAAUCAUUAAUAGUUCUGGAAGCUGGCAUGGACUAGAUUUAAGAAAUCAGCUAUGUGGUUCCAAAGUUUUAAAGAAACGGAGAACAUCAUCUGUUAAUAGUUCAGUAAUAUAAAUAUUUUGUAUUUUUAUGAUGCUGUUUGUUCAGCAUUUUCUGUCAGUUGAUUUUGCAUUUUGCACUUACUCCCAGGAUCUACUCUUUUGGUCAAAAAGAAAUGUCAGUACAGUUUGAGGGGUGUGUGCAUGUGCGUGUGUGUAUGUGUGUGGGUGUACAUAUAGUGGAGAACAAAUUGGAGAACACUUAUUUAACCUUUUCCCUUUUUUUCCUUUGGAAGUAGAAAUAAAAUGAAUCUUCAGCAUUGUUACUUCUUAAUUAUCACCAAAUAGUUCACAGAAGGUAGUUAAGAUUAAAAUUUUGUCCACAUUUUGCCACCCAGGGGAGUUACACCAUUAAAAUUUGGGUUUAAUCUGCUGUUAAGGAUUGUACUUGGAGAUGUGUUUCUGAUCUGUGCUGAAAUGUACACAUUUCUUACCAACCUUACCUUGAUCCCAGAUGAGCUGGUACACCAGCUUGUUUGGUACAGUAACUUUUUUUAGAAAAAGACUGUCUCAGAAAAGUGUGCUUUUUUUUUUUUAAUCUUUUUCUUGUUUUUCUUGUCUCUUUAUCCUUCUGAGACAAGCUGAUGUUUGACUCCUUCCAUGUAGGUGUAGCAGUAUGUUCUCCUCUUGAUUAUGUAGAAUAUUACCCAUGUCAGAAGGAAAGCAAACACCUUGGUUCUCUACAAUCAGGUCCUUUCUUAAACCUGGAGGUCUAGUUGGUAACAGUCCAGUGCACCAGUUUUGCACAGUAACAGAUUUUUGCUUGAAUAACUUCAAGCUGUUCUCUUGGCAUGACUGCAUUUACUAGCAGCUGAUGAUCCACUGUCAUUCUUAUGGCACUAGGAAUUAAAUGCACUGUGUGAGCAAUGUUUAAGGUGGGAGGGAAGAGUUGACAUUUUGCCUUGCCUCCUGGUGAGCAGUUUGUGCAGUGACUUAGCUCUAAAGGGAUUUUUUUUUUUUUUUUUGCCUGUAACUUACCUUUGCCUAUAACCUACCUCUAGGUUUGGUGUAAUCUAUGUAGUAGCUUCUUUAAAAAAAACACAAAUGCUCCUCAGGCAUAAGGAGGACAUUGGAAGUACUGUUGGUACAGUGCAGUAUUUAUGACCUUUCUUUAAAAUGCUUAAUGUGAACCCGUUUUCUCAGAGGCUCUUUUAAGGUUCUUGAUGUAAUGUGCAUUACGGUAUAGAUAGACAUCAUUGUAACCUGUGUCAAGGGCAGCUGUGGCUUAAGAAAGCCUUGGUUUUUUUUCCUCUACAUCUGUCACUUAAUUAUGGCUUAAUUGGAACAUAUCAGCUUCUUCUGUAGGUUAGUAUGCUAGAGAACUGUAAAAAAUACAAAGUAAUAGUUCUGGUGACAUCAUCAGAACCACAGAAGCAGAGCUGUAGUGGUUCGUCAUCUGAACUCAAUUUAUUUUAUAGGCUUUGUUCAGUUUUUCCUGUUGUGUUUUAUAUACUACAUGGAUCUUGCUACAAAAUAAAAUAACAGUGCAAAAGAGGAAAUGCUCCCUCUUCAUGUAUUGUCUCCUCCUCCCACCAGCACUACCUGAGGGAAGGCCAGGUGGAUGCAGCAGCUGUUUCAAACAGCACCUACGUUCUUGCUGGCAGUGGCUGAGGAAGAUACACACAGAAUUAGGGAGAAUCCUGUUAGAGCUUUAGGAUCCCACACUCCUUUUUGGAUACCCACUCUCCUAUUUCCUCUGCAGCACUGAAAGAAACUGGUUUGUUGUAUGGCUGAUCUUCAAUUGGCUGUGGAUGCACUUGUUGUGUUUGAUAAGGAAGAGAUGUCUGUGUGUGCACAGGCACACCAAAUUGCCUUUUGCUGCCUCCUCAAGCUCAAUGAAGGAUACUAGGAAACAGAUAUUUGCAGUGUUCUUCCAUUUGCUUAAGGGGGAUAAGUGAAGAACACUUAAAAGUAGCAAGUGUACUGAGUUUAUGUAUGGGCCAUUCCUUCCGACUAAAUACUAAUCAGAUACUCAUUGGUUGUGCUCAUUGGUUUCUGAUGUAGGAAGUAUGUCAAGAGUAAUUUUGUGAGAUUAAGCAUUAGAAACAAUGAUUCUGUAAGUUUAUAUAGUUCAGCUUUCUGAUUCCUACAAAAUACUCAUUUAAUUUUUGCUCUUGGUCAUGACCAUUUACAUGUUAAACCCUCACUUUUUUCCUAUGUUUGACAACCAUUAAACUAACUAAAUAUGCUAGCUUAUGGAGUUAUAUUCAAUUUUUUUCACUGUAUCUGAAAACAGUCAACCACUUAACAAUUUGCUGCUGGAAAUACUAGAGCUUAUCAAUCAUUAAACUGAUUUUAAUUAAAAGUAACCCAUCAAGACUGUUGUGGGAAAAGCUAUUUUUCUUAUUUAUUUGUGGUAUAACUCUUUAACAAUGUUUGAACAUGCUGAUGGAAAUGCAGUUACCAAGAGCAGUUUGGGGGAGCACAAGAAAAACUCCUCAAGAAGGUGAACAUAAAAAUAAUCUUUGUUUGGCUUGAAGCAUGAUAACCACUGUACUUCUGCAUCCCUUGAGCUUGCUAAUUAAACACCAUUGACAAAGUUACUUGUAAAGAUACUGACAUAUUCAAGAUCUUGCCAGUGAUAGGACAGAAUGGAGGUUGAAACAUCUCUUGACUUAUAUGUGAGAGAAUCAAAGUUCAGUCAGUGAAAACUGAAAGAAUAAUAAACUUUGUAAAUGGGUAAGGUGGCAAACAUAAAAGUCUUUCUGCUCUAACAAGUUUGAUAGUUUAUUGAUGGGAAGCCUGGGGCUGGCUGGCUUCUCUCAGGCAGGAGGACAGGUCUGUAAAAACCUGCAGUUUGGGUGCAUUUGUGGAAAUGCACAGGUUGUGCAAUCUGGAAAAAAAGUAAUGUUUGUGAUGGGUGGCAGAGACACAGUCAGUGAUGCUGGAGUGCUGGUAAGGGAUUUCUUGUGCAGCACUCCAAGUUUGGAGCUAGGAGUUUUGGUAGGAGUGGAGUUUUUGGUAGCGUGGAAGGAGCUGAUAUGCAAUACAGAUCUUGGAAAAAGUUGGGGUUUUUUAACUUUGUGGGUAUAGGGGAAGUGUGCAUAAGAAUAGGGAGAAAUUUAGAACUGCUACUGAAGCUCUACUGAAAUACGUUGAUAAUUCAUUAGUAUUUGUCAACUUUCUGUGGGAACUAGGAAUUGUUAUGUACUCCCUUCUGCCAGCAUCUUCACAAAUAAUGUUUUGGAUUUGGUGUGUAACAAAAGGAAUAUGGGAGGCUUACAUAUGAUUUAAUUACUGAGAUGUGUAUUGAUUGACCAGUGUAUUGCAGUUAACAGGAAGGAACUGUGGAAGUUAUAAGAGCACAAUAAAUCUGUGCUGUAUUUAAGAGAGAAGUUUGUGUCUCUCCUGAGGAAUGUCCCAGGGAUUCCCCCAGGGUCCCCUGGCAUCAGGCUGUGCUGCUUCAGGCAGCUGAGAUAUACGGAGAGGCUGCCCUGUAGCUGAAGGUGGGUGAAUGCUUUCUUCCUCUGGCUCUUAAAAUUACUCUCCUAUUAUUAUUUGAAGACAAUGCUGGCUGUUCAACAAAGUGAAUAGUUUUUUGGGGUUUUUUUUUGAGAUCAAGAGGACACUAAUUUACUAAUCUGUGUUUUGUACUUGAGCAAAUGAAGUGAUGCAGAGCAGAAGCACAUCACAGUAGCCACUGACAGCAGAAGUACAGGGAAAGAUUAUUCACAUUCAACUGUUGGCUUUCUCAUCAAGUAAUUGUUUUUUUUUUUUUUAAUCUCCUCUCCUUCAAAGACCAGUUUGCAGACACUGAAGAACUUCAUGGAUUUAUUCAGAAACAUGGGGGCUGCAUUGUCAAUCAAGGAUUCAGGUAGCCAAGCAGAGCAAGGGAAGAGAAUAGUUUUAAAGUUGGUCAUCGUGGUAUGUUUGGGUGGAAGCUUGGGUUGAUAUCUAGAGCAAGGUUAUUGGAAACUGAGCUCUCAUUUUGGUCUCUGGUACUUUGUAUUUGGCAAGAAAAACCAAACCUUUACUUCUUCCAGGGCCUUGGUUUGCCUUUAUUUCAGGAGUACUGCUUUACCUCCUGUGUGUGUUAUGUAAAUUAAUGAAUGCAAAACCUGGGUGCUUCUUGAGAAGGACCUGCAUCUGUGCAAAAGGUCUGAAAAGCUGCUUAAUUUCCAUGUGAUAAACACACACCAUUUGGUGGGCUGUCAGUACUGUUAAAGAGCAGCCCCACAGCUUGCUCAGAUACUGGUUUUUCCUGGCAUCCUGGUAUCUGUUUGAUUCUCAAAUAUUGGGCAGUAUUUCCCUGAACUUUGAAUGCAGAUAGAUUUUGUAAUUCCUGAAUUAGUUGCCUCCUUGAAGUAAAAGGCAACAUUAUCUGCUCAUUUUAUUUACUGAAGCUAUGUGGUAUUUUUUGUAAGGUAUCAGUGCUAAGGCAAACAUAGAAACAGACAAACCUGCAUUCCAAGGCUGUUCGUUUAGGUGCACAGUAUCCCAGCUCAAUAAAAGUAGUUUUAUGA